GUUUUCUGUUGCGACACAGAGGGAAGGGUCACACACAGGUUAAGUGUUCCCAUCCUUAACAACAUUCUUAACUGAAGAAGAAAAUGGCAUCCACAUGGGAUUAACCUUAUGUAUUCAUUAGAGAUGGAAGUCAAAGAGCGGGAUUUGUUUAGAAAAUUUGUGGAGACAACUUUUCAAUUUACAAAAUCUGAGUCUACUGGUGGGGCAUGUGAUUCCUGGUGGCCAAAUGGUGGAUAUACACCCGUGGGCUGUGGUGGUGUUGGUGAACAACUUGCCCCAGGAGGUGAUCUGACUCCAGUUCCCAAUGGUGCUUUUGUUGGGAGCCGUGGAACCGUGAAAGAUUGCACAUGUUUCAAUGUCGGCAGGGAUGUUGAUAAUCUUCGUAAGGCAAUAGUAGGAUUAGGAACUAAUGAACAAGCAAUCAUCGAAAUUCUGACACACAGAAGCAACUGGCAACGUCAACAAAUUUGUAAAGAAUACAAGGGAACCUGCGGACGUGAGCUAAUUGAUGAUUUAAAAGGUGACCUUUCUGGUGACUUUAAAAAUGUGAUCACUGCUCUGGUGUUGCCGCCAGCACUAUUUGAUGCACAGGAGCUAGAAAGAGCAAUGCGGGGACCUGGUACAAAUGAAAGUGUGCUGAUCGAAAUUCUUGCUACAAGAAGCAACCAGCAAUUAAAAGAAAUAAAGGAAGCUUACCAUUCAGAAUAUAAAAGGGAAUUGGCAAAGGAUAUUGCUGCAGAGACAUCUGGGGAUUUUAGAAGAGCUUUGCUCAUCUUGCUAGAGGCUAGGAGAGAUGAAAAUUGCCAGGUUGUGGAUGAAAGACUUUUUAAGAGUGAUGCUCAGGCCCUUUAUAAGGCCGGUGAGAAGAGACUGGGGACAGACGAAGCUAAAUUUAUCGAAGUCUUGUGCUUAAGGAGCCCUGCUCAGCUGCUAAUAACAUUUGAUGAGUACAAGGCAGUUACCAACAAGACCAUAGAAGACAGCAUUAAGAGUGAAAUGUCUGGAGAUCUGAAGGAUUUGAUGUUGACAAUGGUUAGUUGUUCAAAGUCUACACCUGCAUAUUUUGCUGAAAGAAUCCACAAAAGUGUAAAGGGCCUGGGUACCGAUGAGAACACUUUCUCAAGAAUCAUGGUCAGCAGGUCAGAAAUUGAUCUCCUGGAUAUUCAAGAUGAGUAUUUGAAACUGUAUGGCCGAUCUGUGUAUGCUACUAUCAAGGAUGAAACUUCUGGAGAUUACAAGAACACUUUGCUUAAACUCUGUGGAACAGGAAACUAGACAACUAUUAAAUCGCUGAACAAAGUGCUACGUAGAUUUUAAUGUAGAGAAUAGAUGUGCUUCUGUUGUACACUGUUUAAUUAAAGUGAAAGAAAUAGCAAUUAAUUGUCUAACAAUAAUCUAUAAUAUUUCAUCUAAAUUUCACAGAUUUAAAUGUAAGGUAACAGACAGGUUGGUUUCUACUUCCUCGAAAGGAUGUUAAACUGGAUCAGAGGGAUUAGAGUAUAGAGAUAACAAGGUGUAGAGCUGGAUGAACACAG